AUGAAUUCCUUUGUUUUCAUCACACUAGUGACAUUGUCGGUGGUUCUAUCGAGCUCGGCCUACUACUACAACAGGUAUUCACCGAUUACGCUAUGCAUGAAGAGCGACUACUCGUGGUGCACCAACGUGACUUAUCCCAACGGCUGCGUCAACAUGGACACGGUGGUCUUGAACACCACCGGAAACUCCAACGUCAAUGGAAACUCAUCCACUUACGCGACAACCGCGUUCAAGACCAUCGAGUCAGUGAUAGUGAACGACAUCGACAGCACUGAGGACAAGUGCAUCGUGUUGUUUGACACUUACAACUGCCAAGGCCGUAGCCUGGUGCUCAAUGGCUCCAAACACCCUUCAGCCGAUCUCGCCGAUUACAAGUUCGCUAACUUGGCAGAGUCCUACAGACAGUGCACCGAUCGACUGCUCACUUGGCUCCGGGACAACUAG